AUGCGAGACUUGUUGAGGUCGAGGUCGGGUCAUACGGCACUCGGCUACUUGAUCGAGAUUAUCGCCAAGGGGAAAUUGUGCCCGAGACCGAACGUGGUUGUGGGCGCGGUAUCGGCUGUAUCGGUGGCGUUGUGGGGAAGUCAGCGUGUUGAGACGUUACGAUGCCAGCCGGGUGCCGUAAUACCGGCGCUAUCGUGUGGAAUGGAGGGAGGACCACUGGUGAUGGCCGAAGUGUUCAUUUCGAUGAAACGUUUACUUGCAAAGUACGGCAAAGAUCUGCAGCAGUUGAGUUGGCAUACCGUUUUGCAGUUACUCUCCAAGGCAGUGAAACUGUGUCGAGCGAUAAAAGAAGAAGAUAAACGAGUGGAAUUAUCGAAACAAUUGCAUCAGUUGAUCGAUAUUGUCGAGGAGUUGAAUCGUGACGGGGAGUAUGCUGGAUCAACAGAGCAAAUGUACGCGUUGAUCGAGAGUUGUGCGGAUGAACGACCGACGUGUAGUGUGCUGGCACUGAUGGAUUAUAGGGCG